CCCCCCCCUUGCUGCCCGGCACCCACCUGCUCACACUCUGCUGGCUGCGGGUUUUAAGAGAUUGGGGCCCGAGAGAGAAGUGAGGAGGCUUAGCUCCCAGACCUUGGGGGAGGAGGAGCUGUAAGGGGCAGCCCCCCUCCACCGUAGCCCUCAGGUGGAAAGAGCAGGCUGAGAAGAGCCAGAGCCCACAGGCCUCCUAGGAAAACAGCUCUGAACAGGGGAUGUGAUCGUGAGGCAGAAUCUGCAGACCCUGCAGGAAGAGGGCUCUCAGGGCCAUGGCCCAGGUCAGCAUCAACAGUGACCUUGGAGAGUGGGGCUUCAGCACGGAUCCUGGGGAGCGAGCCCGUCUGCUGCAGAGUCCCUGUGUGGACUCGGACCCUAAGAGUGAAGGGGAGGUGUCUCCUGAAAGUCUGAGCAGAGGCACCACAUCCACAUUUGGAGCCAUCUUCAUUGUAGUCAACGCCUGCCUGGGUGCAGGGCUGCUCAACUUCCCAGCAGCCUUCAGCACUGCCGGGGGUGUGGCAGCCGGCAUCGCCCUGCAGAUGGGCAUGCUGGUUUUCAUCAUCAGCGGCCUGGUCAUCCUGGCCUACUGCUCCCAGGCCAGCAAUGAGCGGACCUAUCAGGAGGUGGUGUGGGCUGUGUGUGGCAAGCUGACAGGCGUGCUGUGUGAGGUGUCCAUUGCCAUCUAUACCUUCGGCACCUGCAUCGCCUUCCUCAUCAUCAUUGGGGACCAGCAGGACAAAAUUAUAGCUGUGUUGGCAAAGGAGCCCGAGGGGGCCGGUGGCAGCCCCUGGUACACAGACCGCAAGUUCACCAUCAGCCUCACUGCCUUCCUCUUCAUCCUGCCCCUUUCCAUCCCCAGGGAGAUCGGCUUCCAGAAAUAUGCCAGCUUCCUGAGCGUCGUGGGCACCUGGUACGUGACUGCCAUCGUUAUCAUCAAAUACAUCUGGCCGGAUAAAGAGAUGACCCCAGGGGACAUCCUGACCAGGCCAACUUCCUGGAUGGCCGUGUUCAAUGCCAUGCCCACCAUCUGCUUUGGAUUUCAGUGCCACGUGAGCAGUGUGCCCAUCUUCAACAGCAUGCGGCAGCCCGAGGUGAAGACCUGGGGCGCGGUGGUGACGGCCGCCAUGGUCAUAGCCCUCGCCGUGUACAUGGGCACAGGCAUCUGCGGCUUCCUGACCUUUGGAGCCUCUGUGGACCCCGACGUGCUCCUGUCCUAUCCCUCCAACGACAUGGCCGUGGCUGUGGCCCGCGCCUUCAUCAUCCUGAGCGUGCUCACCUCCUACUCCAUCCUGCACUUCUGUGGCCGGGCGGUGGUUGAAGGCCUGUGGCUGCGCUACCAGGGGAUGCCCGUGGAGGAGGACCUGGGGCGGGAGCGCCGGCGGCGAGUGCUGCAGACGGUGGUCUGGUUCCUGCUCACCCUGCUGCUGGCGCUCUUCAUCCCCGACAUCGGCAAGGUCAUCUCGGUCAUCGGAGGCCUGGCCGCCUGCUUCAUCUUCGUCUUCCCAGGGCUGUGCCUCAUUCAAGCCAAACUCUCUGAGAUGGAAGAAGUCAAGCCAGCCAGCUGGUGGGCACUGGUCAGUUACGGAGUCCUCUUAGUCACCCUGGGAGCCUUCAUCUUUGGCCAGACCACAGCCAAUGCCGUCUUCGUGGAUCUACUGGCAUAACCACUGCCUCCCGGGAGACACAUGGCCUUUGCCUUGCACCCAGGAACCCAUCUCUGAGAGCUGCAGGGCCACCCUGCCUGGAGCAUCGUUCCCCUCUACUGGUGGGGUGACACCUGGACAUCCUUUUCCAGGGACGGAUCUGGGGUGAAAUCAGCCCCACACUUCUGGACAGCUCACACCCAGCUCCCUUCCUGCUCCCCUGUCCUGGCAGAGCCAGGGUGGUGGGAGGAGUGUCACAGAGGAGCCUCCCCGCUCCUCCAGCUCUCGACUUCUCCAUGCCUGGACCCUGUGGGUGAAGAGGGCCAGCAGGUCUCAGAAGAAAGACUCCAGCCUGACUUCCCUGUGGAAAAGGGGUGUGAGUAGAGGGUUGCCGUCUCCGUGGAGCAGCCUGUCCCGAGCAGGGGCUGUGCUCAUGACCCCGGGACUCCACACCUGCUCCAGCCUGUCAGCAGACCAGCCAGCAGUGGCUUCCCCUGGGAUCUGGCAAGUUGCAGAGAGAGUGCUGAAUUCAUACGGAUGCACAGAGGCAGAUGGGGCUAAUACCUUGUCCACUCCUUCCUGGGGCCUCACCCAGUGUCUUUCCCCAAACCUGGGGGUCCAGGCACCCCUCUCCUCCAUUCCCAGACAUCACCAAGUCUUAUGUUUACAAACGGUGCCAGCCUGGCUCGGCCAGGGGCCAGGGGCCAUCCCGUGCCUCAGUGCUGUGAGUUGUCCUCUGUUAGCUUUCCCCAUGGCGGGGAGUCUGUUUCUCUCUCAGAUUCCAGAUGGGUCCCUCUUUUCAGAGGCACAAAAGUGGGUGAUGGAGAAGGCUAGGAGCCUUUCAGACCUGUGCAGGCUGGGCUGGUCAGGAUCAAGGUGAACCUGUCCGGUAUCCUCUCCUUCAAUGAUUGCUUCUCUCUGCCCUCCCCUGCCAACCCUAGCAUGGUAGCCCAGAGGCAAGCAGGGCAGCUGAGUUAUUGCCUGGGCAACACUGGAGAGCAGUUCCACCAGCCUGGAAGUUUCCCUUUCAAUCUGGAUCUUGUGUGCUCCUUCCCCCGCCCCAUCACUUCACCACCUCCACCCCGUUUUUCUGUGUAGUUCAGUGUCCUGUCAACUUCCUCAGCUCCUCAUGUCCAGGCCUGGUGUAGCCUGUCAGUCAGGUUGAGGUCACACCUGGAUUGUGCCCCAGGCAUGCUGAGGAGGGACACUAUUCCCCCAUUGCACAUUCCCGUUUUGAACACCUUGGCCACUCACUUUGGCCAACACCAGGCACCAAAGCAGGCUUCCUCUGCCUGGAACACCUGUCAUUUCCCUGCCCCAAAACCUCUGUACUGGGGCAGGGUACUGGGACCUCGCCCCACAGCCCACCACUCAGGGCAGUCAGAUCUAAGAAGCAGAGGCCGGAUAGGCUUCUGCUCAAUCCCCAGACUGGGUGACCUGCCUUUCCUCACACCCUGGCCCCUGGGGCCAGAGCCACUCUGCUGGUUUCUCUCAGCCAGCCUGCCGCGCCUCACCAGGCCCUGCCAGCUCCCAUCCCCUACGAGCAGGAGCACGGCCCCCACCAGCGUGGCCGCCCAGCCUCCCGAUGCUGGACUUCAGGGGUGGCGGAGGUAAGGGAGUCAUUGCACAGAACCAGACCAGUCGGGAAAAGGGGCUGGAAUCCGACCUCUAGGCCUAAACUCAGGAGCCCCCUUCCCUCCCUGCCAGGGCAUUUUACUGUGUCUUUUCUACUCGUGCACAUUCAGACCAGGGAAGGUGGUUAAUAAAAAGAGGCUUGUGCUGCUGA